AUGACAAACACAGAACCGGCGGACACCUCCGCCACCAGCGCAGCGAGCGCCAAACGGGCGGCGUGCUCGCAGUGGACCCACAGCGACCGGAUCAAGCGCGAGUCGAGACACAUCUUCAACAAGCUGCACAGCAUCGCCGCAGAUGCCGACUUUGUGCGCCGAAUUCACCAUCGCCACCCUUCCCUGCUGGUCACGGCCAACCUGCGCUGUGGAGCUUGGUACACCGAUCCGGCCAUCACGUCGGCCGUGUCGUACUUCAAGUCCACCGACGGUCACACGCACCAGUGGAGCUUUAGCUUGAAGCGCUCCAACCUACAUGUGGUCCCCGCCAUCUUGCGAGCAGGCGGGGCCAUCGUUGUCGACUCGACGCGCAGAGGGAAAAGCAUGCCAGAUGCUCUUAGCAAGACUAUCCCCGUCUGGUGCGCGGUGCUCAACGCGGCAUCGCAGAGAAAGUAUGGAGUGCCUACUUCGGAGUCGGAAGCAUUCGGAUUGCAUACGCCAACAUGGAUGAUCCCUCCAUCAGAACACGAUCAGAUCCGGGCUCGCAUUGACGGCUUCGUCGCAGCGCUUUUGGACUCUGACCUCGAUGUGCCCAGGCUCGACAAGCCGCUCCAACCGAUCUUUGUCACGCCGCAGACCGACCUCGACACGCUCCCCAGCUCGCUUGCCAACGCGACUGCGACGGAGAUUGUGCCCAUCGUAUUGCUGUCCGCAUCGAGAUUCAUCUCUGACUCGGCGAAGCUGGACUCAAACCCGACUGAAGGGGCAGAGACAGACGCCAAGGGCUUUGUGUAUGUGCAGGGCGCAGGUGACGACCACGAGAAUUGGGCUCGAGGCCUCACGCCAGACCUUUUUUGGCAGCACAACGAGGCUUUGCUGGCGUGCGAGAAGGACCUACUGGAAGAGGCGGUCGACAACCUGGUAAAGCAUCAUUCAACUGCGAGUGGCAGCAGCGCACACUGGUUCACACCUCGCGCUGCAGGAUCCGAGCCGAGCGAUGGAGCCGACGCUGCCGACCGACUGGCAGGUACGCCAGAAGGCGAUGUGGAAGUUGGCGAUACUGGCAUCUUCAUCGGGGCACGCACAGCUGAGCACGACUUUUCACCGAACGAGCGGACGCUGUACAAUCUUAUCGUUCAUUUCACCAGCCUUCCAUCCCCCGCUGGCCUUUCGGAUUUCUCUUCCGACCUUGCGGCGCUCGAUGUUUCCGAUUCCGAUGCAACGUCCAGCGUCUACCCACUACACAUGUCGCCAAACAAGAAAGGUCUCCUGGCCAUCCGCACGGCAUUCUCGCCGGCGAUCGCGCGUGCUUACCGCACACUGGUCGAUCCAGCAAGCGCGGUAGGAAGUCGGCCAAAGAUUCUCGUGUGCUGCCAAGACGGUAAGGAUCUGUCGGGCAGUCUUGUGGUUGCGAUCCUGGCAGCAUGCUUUACAGACUCGCGCCAGCUCAUCACUGCAGAUGAAUCCAAGCGCGAACACGAGCUGGCACUCACCAAAGACACCACACGGCGCCGGUUGCAGUGGCUCGUCAGCGCCAGCCCGCGUGCAGCACCAAGCAGGGCAUUCCUGCUGCGCGUCAACGAGCUUCUUCUCAGUCACAAGCACAAACCAGCACCAACAUAG